AUGACAGACCAACGCCUCCCAAUUCAAACCCAACACUGCCGCUUCUGCAACCAUCUCCUGCUAGCAACAACACGCAACAUAAGCACACUACCCCGACGCAGCGGCGAAGGCAAAGACAAAGCGCUAAUCCUACCACUCGAACGCAAGAACUCAACAGACGGGGAAGUGGAAGCGGAUCUCGAAGAAGAAGCCAAGGCAACAGAAACACCAUCGCGCAAAACUAGACAUACCUCUAGCCACACGACGCUCCUCCUCGCCACUACGAUCCCGGACCGACGGGCGACGGUGAUCCGACGGGAAGACGGGAUUGAGAAGAGGAUUCUUUUGAGGUGUGGGCGGUGCAAGGUUGUUGUGGGGUAUUAUUUGGAUCGGGUGCAUUGGGCGUCUACUGGCGAUCGAGGAGUGGGGGUGCGAGAUGGGGAACAGGAGGAGCGGCCGCCGGCUGUUUAUCUUCUUCCUGGGGCUGUUGUGGAGACGGAGAAGUUGGGGGGUGAGGGGGUUGGGGAGAGGGAGUGGAGGGAGUGGGCUAUUUAG